UUUUUUAAGGGAUUUUAUGACCUGGUAACUAAAGGUCAACUUUAGGUCAUAUCUUAAUUUAAUUUAUAUUCUUAUCAUCUAAUUUAUAUCUUAUAGUCAUUUUUCAUAAAAGUAAGAAUGUUAAAAUAAGACAUGACUUAAAGGUCUUAGUUACCAGAUCAUAAAAUCCCAUAAAAAUAUCAGAUACUUGUCGAAAAUAAAUAACCCCUAUUAUAAAAGUAAACCUUGUGAUUUAAUUCAGUACCUACUACUAAAAAUGAGCUGCAGUGAAGAUAAUGAAGAUUCUCAUGUGGACGAAAUUGAAGACAACGAAAGGACGUCAAUACGAUCAGAAUUGGCUUCCUUAUCUUUUGAAGUACUUCAACAAUUGAAGGAAAAAAUUGGAGCUAAAGUCUACAAAGAGGCAUUGUUUGGAACUAAAGAAAAAGUAAACGUUCCGCCUAAAGUGUUCAAAAGAGAAAACAAAAACAGACCAAGAGAAAUCAGUUCAAAGAAACCAGUGCCAGUAGUUCAGGUUGCACAUGUGAAGAAGAAAGAAGUAAGAGACCCAAGGUUUGACCCAUUAUGUGGAGAAUUUGAUAAGAAGCAAUUUUCACAGAAUUAUGGUUUUCUGUCUGAACUUCGUAUGAAAGAUAUUAAGGCUGCUAGACAAGAACUGAGAGAAACAACUGAUCCAGAGAAACAAAUAAAAUUACGUAGAUUAUUGCAAAGAUUGAAUGAUCAGCAUAAAGCAUGCAAAAGAAACAAGUUGGACAGAGAAGUUGCACAAAAGAAUAGAGAUGAUAUUGAAAAGCAAUUCCGUGAGGGCAAACAGCCACACUUCAAGAACAAAUGUAAAUACUUGUUACUAUAUUUAUCUUUAUUAAAAGUAAAAAGUCAGACAUUUAUGAUUUCAACAUUUCAAAUUGUAAUUAGUGUUGUAUGGUUUCAUAUUCAUUAUAGGUUGGCUUCAUAUGCCAACAUUUUAAUGAAAUGUAUUAUAUUAAUAGUUGAACUAAUAAUAUAAAAAAAUAUCUUCAAUUGCAUUAUGAAUAAAAUAAAUAUCUGAUCUACAUAAGUCAUUUCUGCAAUGCAUUAAGUGACUUACAAAUCUAUUUGUAUGUGAUUUAUAUGUAUACCAAAACUGUUUUCUUGAUUAAUUGAUUGAUUCAUUGGCCACGACUAAAGUGAUUGGUGCCAUGUUGUUGUUUUUUAUUUAUAUAACUGUUAGUUUCAAUUUAGCUACUCAUACUUGUAUUUCUAUAGCUCAUCUCAUAAAUAACAUUUGCUUAAAUGACAAUAUGAGACCUAGAAAUAAAUUAAAUUUUUUGGGUUCCUUAAUUUUUCAGCUGAACUACGUGUAGAAGCUUUGGUUAAGCAAUAUGAAAGUCUGAAAAA